AUGAUAAACAAAAUGCAUAUAUCUGUGUCGUUAUGUGUUUUCGUACUUUGUGUGUGCAGUGCUUACACUUUAGUUCUUAUACCAAAACCUAGUAACAAUAUUAGAUUAUCUGAAAGAAUCGGCAACUUUUCAGUGGAAUUAAUUGACCGGACCUUAACCCAAACACCUAAUUCUAAUGUUGUUAUAUCUCCACUAACCAUAUGGACUGUACUUGCUGUAAUUGCCGAAGGAUCUGCCAGCAAUACGUUAAAGGAAGUGUGCAAUACUUUAAGAAUAGCUCCCGAAAACUUAAGGAGCGUAAGGGAAAGCUUCAAAAGAAUCGAGAAGUACCUAGUAGUGAAGACAACCACAGUUGAGUUAAACAAGUUAAAUAUUUUGUUUGUCGAUAAAGGUGUUAGUCCUACACAGAAAUUCGCAUUAGUUGCAAAAGACUAUAAUGUGUCAUUUGCAACACUUAAUUUUUCGGAGCCAUAUAAAACAGCUAACUUUGUUAAUAGUAAAGUGUACAACUUUACUCAGGGCAAAAUAUCAGACUUGAUUUCAGGUGAUGAUUUAACAAAUAGUCACAUGAUCCUAACAAGUGCCUUAUAUUUUAAAGGGCAAUGGACAUUUAAAUUCAAUAAAUCAGCCACAACAAAAGCUCCAUUCUUUGACAACCAAGGAAAUGUGAUAGGACAAGUUAAUAUGAUGUACAAUCGUCAAAUACUGCCAUUUGCAAACUUUAAGGAUCUUAAAGCAAGAAUAAUUGAAUUACCCUAUGGUAAAGAAAACCGUCUUUCAAUGCUGGUUAUGCUGCCAUACCAAAAUGUUACCGUUAAUGAAAUGUUUCUGAAUUUAAACCAAAUCUCAUUAGAUCAUAUCCUUGCAAACUUAGCGAUGUCUAUUAAUGAAUUUCCUGAAGACGAAAUAGAUAUUUAUUUGCCCCGCUUUAAAGUGAAAACCAACUUAGAUUUGACUGAUACACUUAAAAGUAUGGGUAUAAAAGAUUUGUUUGAUAGCUCACAAUCAAACUUGAAGAAAAUGGUGAAAAUACCAUCAUAUGUGUCAAAAAUUGCCCAUAAAGCAGUGAUUGAGGUAACGGAGGAAGGAACUAGUGCAGCAGCAGCUGCUGCGGCAGCGUUCAGCUAUCGCAUUGGUGUCACAAAGUUUGAAGCAAACAGACCAUUUGGAUAUAUGAUUGUGGAAAAAACUACUAACACUAUACCUUUUGCAGGUUCAUACAAUAUGCCUGAAUUGUAUGAGUCAUAA